UUGGAGUUCACUAAAGAGCCAGAGACUGUUUCAGUCCUGAGCAGUCAGUCAGUCAGUCAGCCUUUUGACUCAACACUAAACAGUUGAUUUCGAUACGAUUUACAUCUGGUUAGUAAUUAUAUUAUGGGUCGUUUUCUAAAUCGUUCCGUCCAGUGAUUUCUGCCCUGGCUUCCAUAUGAAAACUGCUCAUCGACGGAAUGUGUUUGCUUUUCAGCAAAGACUGUAGCCUUCCCACAGUGCUGUCCCUGUAUUGGUUUUAAGGUUCAUCUGGACAGCGUCAGUCCUCUCAGAGAUGCUGAACCAAAGCACAUACAUUGAGAAGAACUUCCAGGCACCAGAUUAAAAAAAACUCAUUUCCCUGUAUUCGUCUACCUCUGUCUUCAAACAUCUAAAGUUCAGUCUAAGAAUAUGGCGUUUUUAAUAAAAAAGAAGAAGUUCAAGUUUCAGAUACACUUCACCCUGGAGGAGCUCACGGCUGUGCCGUUUGUGAACGGGAUGCUCUUCUGCAAAAUCAGACUGUUGGAUGGUGGAGACUUUUCCAUUGCUUCAUCCAGGCAGGAGGUUCAGGAGAACUGUGUUCGCUGGCGAAAGAAGUUCUCCUUUGUGUGUAAGAUGAGUGCCAUUCCUGCCACGGGGGUCCUGGACCCCUGUAUUUGCAGAGUGUCUGUGCGUAAGGAACUUAAAGGUGGAAAGACUUUUUCAAAGCUGGGCUUUGCUGACCUCAACUUGGCGGAGUUUGCUGGUUCGGGCUCCACGGUUCGCUGCUGUAUACUGGAGGGCUACGACACCAAGAACACUCGGCAGGACAACUCUAUACUAAAGGUUACCAUUGGCAUGACUCUUCUCUCUGGAGAUCCCUGCUUCAAAACGCCUGUGAGCACAGCUAAGACCAUUGCCAUGGCUGGGCAGGACCCCUCUCUGCAGCUGGACCGCAAGGGAGAGGGCACCGCUGACCACUCUUCUGCACCCCUCGGCGGCGGCACUCGCCGAUCAGUCAAAACCAGACCCUCUGUGAACCACUCGGGAGGCCUUCAGCAGGGAUUGGAGGAGAACCUGUCCAGUCCAGAUGAAGUGUUCCACACGGGACACUCUCGCAACUCCAGCUUUGCCAGCCAACAUAGCAAAAUCUCAGGUGGGACUCAGGGCACGAUCAAAAGAACAUCAGGCUACAGCACAGAGCACUCUCACUCCUCCAGCCUGACAGAUCUGUCCCAGCACCGGCGGAACACCUCCACCAGCAGCAGCAACACAUCAGGAGGCACGUCUACAACUAUCGAGAGCCCCGUAGAGCCGGAGAAAGAGGUGGUCAAACCAGAGAGGCCCCCACGUCCCCCUCGGCCUGCUCUGCCCCCAAACAGACCCUCAAGGAGAAAGAAGGACUCUGUGGAGAGCCAUCCAACAUGGGUGGACGACACACGAAUCGAUGCAGAUGAUAUUGUGGAGAAGAUUGUGCAGAGUCAGAACUUUGCGGAUGUCAGCAACAAUGAAGACAGCAACUUGACACUUUUUAUCAGUAGGGAUGGUACCACAGCGUUAAGUGGCAUCCAGCUUGUCAACAGGGUGUCUGCGGGUGUUUUUGAACCGGUGGUGAUUGAGAGCCAUUAGAACACUGAGGCCGCGGCGGUCACUCUUUCACAAAGCCACAUGUUUUUUUUUUUUUAAAUGAUGGAGAGAGCAAGACUGUAUGUCAGAGUAGGCAACUAACUUUACAACUUGCUCAUCUUGUGGGUCUGACAUGUUACAACCGUAACACCUUAAUCAUGCAUUACAAAUGCUGAUGAAAAUGGUGGUGGGUACGUUU